ACCAGUGCUCUGCUGCUGACAGUAUGCUAUGGCAAGUGGCAAAUGUGUAUAUUUGUGUGUCCUAUAUGCAUAUAUUCUCAGUGUUCUCAGUACAGUGAGUAGAAUAGUAGAAGCAAUUGUACGCGUUCGGUCUUCGGUCAGUUGGGUGUAAUUGCAGUAGUUGCACGCCCGUCCCGUGUUGGUAUGGGUAAAAAAAAAAAAAACAGAGAGCGAGGCAGCGAGCGAGAGAGCAGGGCGUGACGAACGUCAUUCCUUCUCGUAAUACACAGUACUUAUAAAAAGUACAAGAACUUGCAUUACAGCUCGCAAUAGUGUGCAUCUUAAGGAGCUCAAUCAUCACCAUCAUCAUCUCGUCAUACACUCUCUCGAUAUCGUCGUGUACGUAUGUACGUUACAUGCACUCUUAGGUACGCCUGUUGAUCGUCCAACCGAUUUAUUUUAUCAUUCUAAUCAUAUCGUGUGUGCGCGUUUGUAGUCCUAUCGCAUGAGGUAAUUGUCAUUGGGGUGCGCUAACAGGUGUGGCGGGAGUAAGUUGAUAAAACAACAGGAAUAUUGACUUAUCUCUGGCAUUCUUGUGAGAUGCUGUGGGAUCCGAACAACUGCAGUGCAGCGGAUGAAAUAUAUUCACUUGAAAGCUAAGUAGCAAACACGUACACGUACGUCUCCAAAAUCAAGUGUAGUGAUGAGGAGUGCCGCGCCUUCAGCACCAUCAGCAUCAGGAUCGCGGCAUUGUUAUUUAUGUGCGAGUCAUGCAGCAGAGCACGACGAGGGGAACGACAAGCGAGCGCGUCAGACUGCGGGUACUCUAUGACUUUGAGUACGAGACCCGGGGCAAACGGGUGCGCAUAAUAAAGGACGAGCGGCUGGUACUCCUCCACAAGACUAACGACGACUGGUGGCAGGUCGUCAGGCCAGCCGAUCUAGUCGGCAGCAGCAACUUCUUCGUGCCCGAGCAGAUCACCUUUUACGUGCCCACGGGCUACGUCGUCGAGGCACCUCCGGAGGAUAUCCUACCGGAGAGCACGAGGUUUUACGUCGACAAGGACAAGAUGUUUAGCAAGUCCCCGCCUACCUCCUCCUCCACUGUCUUGCCGAAUGACCAGCAACAACAACAACACCAUGGGACUGUCAGUAGCAGCUGUAGCAGCAGUAGCAACAACAGCAGUAUAAGUGGCGGUAAUGCAACUACAGCCCAGCAACAUUCCAGCAGCGAUGAGCCCAACAAGGAGCCAAGCAGCAGCAGUACGAGGAAGGCCCACGACUCCUUCAGGAGCGUCAUGAAAAAGUUGUCCGGCAACCUGACCGGCUCCUCCCACGGUAGCGACGUCAACAAGUCCAAGCCUCCAAAGGUUGUCAAAAGCCAGAGAAAGAAGUCGGUGGACAACAGCACCGAGGAGACUUCCAGUAGCACGACGUCGAGCGGUGGAGUUGCGGGUGGAAGGUCGAUUUUAGGGGCCCUCGUGCCCUCAGCCAAGCACAAGGACGGCUCUGCUUUCGGCAUGUGCUUCGGCAGGGACAUGAAAAACACGGCGGCUGACGCGCAGCUGCUCAAUCCUUUUCAAGAGGAAUUGGCAAACAAAGUGAUUUUGAAAAAAACUAUCGUCUUAGACGCUAAGGUAGAUAAUACAGUAGGCAAUAACAACAACAAUAACAAUAACAACAGCAGUAGUAGUAGUAGUAGUGGUAAACACGUGGACCAAGUGGAGGAGACGGAGCAGAGCUCCAGCUUCGAGAACAUACAUAGCAAGUGGGAGAAGGUCUCGGGACACAUUUUUAAAAACAAACUUCACCCCGAGAUCGUGCCCAAGAGACCCAAUGCUGCUACUGCUGACAGUAACUUUCAGUUUGUGUCGUUGGCGAAAAUCAAAGAGGACGCGCAAAAGAGGCGGAGCGCCUCGCCGAAUUUACAAGGGAGUACAAACAGUAGUAGUAGUAGUAAUAAUAAUAACAGUAAUACUAAUAGUAAUAAUAGUAAUAAUAAUAAUGCCGUGGAAGUUAAACAACAGUCUGUGACGACGGUAAUCGGGAGCGUCGUCGACAGUAAGGGUCCAAGAAAGCUUUCACGGUCUUUGCCCGACCAAAAGUCCACAAGUGCCCUCGGUAAAUCCGUAGCUGCAGUUGUACGCGCUGCAGACACGGGCGAACCGGAAAAAUCACCCUGUGCCGAUAAACCUGUAGAUAAUGCACCAGCAACAGUACCCGAAAAACCUGUUCCCAGUAAGGAUCAGGAUAAAGAGUCACCGUCCAAGGAUAAAGACCGGCUCUUGAUAAACGACAAGAGAAAAAUGUGGGCCAUAGAGACCCUCAUGUCGGAAUUGAUGCAGUCGUCGUCCUCGAACUCCAAGGCCGCAGCAAGGAACGGGAGCGACGAGGAGAAGGGGGUCUCCGGACCCUGCCAACUGGCCCAGGAAUUGCACGAAAUGAAUAACUCGCGGCGCUUCGAGAACGCCGAGAUACAAGUAAAUCUCUUGGACCCAGAGCUAGAAUCGCAGAGUCACAACAACAACAACAACAACAACAACAACAACAACAACAACAACAACAACAACAACAACAUCGACAAGGACGAACAGCAAAGUACCAAAGACAACGAGCACCACACGGCAGUAAACGCGUACAAACGCAACAAGGUGUUUCACUUUCCGCCGCCACCGCGCUCUAGUAUGAUCAAAGCUCCGAAGAGCCCGACCGCGAGGUCGCCUAAGCUGCUGGACGAGUACAACGAGGCAAACAUCCUCAACGACAACGAGAAAACGUCCCGGAGUCAGCAGCAGCAGCAGCAGCAGCAACGUCACCGACACCAGCAGACGGACGAGGAGCCACCCUCGUACUCCAACAUCUCGCUGCGCGUGAGGCGCGACCGGGUGCCCUGUGCCCUCAAGAUGCCGAGCAAGGACUUUCGGGAGAAGAUACAGCUUACUCCGUCCCUCGAGAAGCUCGCCAGCGAGAUCAAGUUCCUGCCGGCCAACGCCGCCGCCGACGCCGAGAGACAACAGUCCGGUCUGGAUUUGGGCAAGUUUACCUUUUUAUUCGCCCCUCCUUGGCUUUUCCCAAAAGCUCGAUCGAAGAGUUAACAAAAGAAAAUACU